ACCUCUUCUGCCUUAUCCGAUCCAGACACUGUCGCAAUGCCACGAUUCUCAAACAGCUGAACCGAUACAGGAUAUAAAUCUACUUCGUCUUUUACAUGAUGGAGAUUUAAGUGGCAACUGAUGCUGUUCUCUUCACCCACAUUGCUGGACCUGAAUUUUGUCAAGGGAAUGCAAGGGGAGAUUAAAGUAAGAUGCCAAACCUGAAGAAGUCAAGCAUUUUCUUUGGGUUUUUUUUAUAAGAUAGCCGAAUCGGAGUCCUCUCAAUCCAGAAUCUGAAAGAACGGGAAGUUUUCCUUCUCUCAGACGUGAAGCAAAACAAAGAGAGUAGCAAUGGCCAUGGUUGACGUUCUCCUUACCUUUUUCCUUCAAAAAUUGGAUGGGCAGCUUAGAGAUCACAUGGAGCUCCUCUCUCAAGCCCGGGAAGGCAUCGAGUGGAUAAGGGAUGAACUUCAAUCCAUGAAAGCCUUCUUGAAAGACGCUGAACGAAGGGGAGAGAGUGAAGAAAUUGUUGAGGCUUGGAUCACCCAAGUGAGACAAUUAGUCUUGGAUGCCGAAGAUGCAGUUGAUGAGUAUAUGAUCCGGAUGGAGAUGCAACGCCAUCCUUGUGACAUCCACAUGGGCUGCUUCUCCUUUCAAGCAUGCUUCAUCAGGCGCAUGAAAGCUCAGCGACAAUUUGGCUCUGAAGUUCAAAAGAUCAGAAGAAAAUCAAAAGAGAUUGACGACAGGAGGAAACUCUACAGUUUCCAAAUUACGCAAGAGAUGGCUUCAAAUUCCCUGGAUGAUGGGCAUCCGGAUCCUGGAGUCGCUGCUCCUUGGAUUGAAGAACCAGAUAUUGUCGGCUUUGAGGAUGUGUCACAACAGCUCAUGAACUUGCUUACAGAAGUGCAGACGCAACAACGAACCAUCAUUUCCAUCGUAGGGAUGGGCGGUCAGGGAAAGACUACCCUUGCUAAGAAAGUAUACAAUACUGGAAAGGUGCAUUUCGAAUGCCAUGCGUGGAUUUAUGUCUCUCAGCAAUUCAAAGUAGAGAUUAUUUUGAGAGAAAUGCUCAGAGAAUUCCGCAGGAGUAGAGAUGAGGCACCUCCAAACAGCACGGAGACGUUGAAUAAAGGGGAACUGCGGAGGACUAUAUACAACUAUCUGAAAGGAACAGGGUAUCUGCUUGUCCUCGAUGAUAUUUGGGAUAGUCAUGUUUGGGAUGAUGUGAAGGAUGCUCUGCCAAACGAGGCUGGAGGUAAGAUCAUCAUCACGACUCGCAAUGAUGAUGUAGCAUCUCCUGUGGGCGAGCGGUGCAAAGUACAAAAACCCGAGCCAUUAUCUCAUGAUUUGGCUUGGGAGCUCUUCUGCAGAAACGCCUUUUGGAACAAUGACCCGAAAGGGACUUGUCCACAGCACUUGAUUGGAGUGGGAAAAGCCCUGGUUAGAAGAUGCAAUGGCUUACCACUUGCGAUUGUGGUGAUAGGUGGCCUUAUGUCGAAGAAGAGCACAAUUGUUUCUGAAUGGAUUGAUGUACUAAAAAAUCGUGACUGGGAAUUGAGCCACAACCAAGAUCUUGAGAGACUGAACAAAGCCCUUCUCAUGAGCUACCGCUAUCUACCUCUUCACCUCAAGUUAUGUUUCUUGUAUUGUGGUAUGUUCCCCGAAGAUCGUCAAAUCAAGAGAAAGAAACUUAUCCGCAUGUGGGUGGCUGAAGGCUUCGUCGGGGGGAAUCCGCGGAAGACGCCCGAGGAGGUCUCAAAUGAUUACUUUGCUCAGCUCAUUAACAGAAACCUGCUCCUGCCUGUCAUUGAUGACCGUACUGGGGAGUUGAUAGCUUGUCGAGUGCAUGACCUCAUGCGUGAUAUCGCUAUCUACAUGUUAAAGAAGGAAGGGUUCGGGACAAUCUUAACAAACCGAGACGUAACAAAUGGAGAAAUCAAUGUGGAUGGAAAGCAACGCCAUUUAGCAAUUCAAAACUGUGAAAUUGGCAUUCUAUCUAGCACAGUCGGGUUAAAUCCUCGGUCACUUGUUGUAUUUAAUGUAAAUGACUUUCCUUCUUCCUCAUGCAGAAUGUUGUUAGAUUUUAAGCUGCUGAGAGUAUUAGAUCUCGAUGGCAUUCAGGUCAGCAAUCUACCGGACGACGUGGGCAGCCUAAUUCACUUACGGUAUUUAAGUUUGAGGAGGACACAAAUCAAGAGCCUGCCCAAUUCGGUGAAAAGAUUGCAUGACUUACAGACAUUGGAUGUCAGGGAUUCCCAUUUGAAAUGCUUGCCUGAUGGAACAGAGAUGCUGUUGCAAUUGAGACAUCUUCUCUUAGUCGAACGCACUAAGAUGCGGAAUGGAGUAUUCCACUUAAGUCGUCUCCAAACAUUAUCAGGUGUGUCCGUUGAUGAUAGAUUUUCAAGAGAAGUUGGUCAUUUAACCCAACUUAGGAAAUUAAAGGUUAAGGGUGUUAAGGAAGAAUUCUGUGCACAACUAUGCGAUUCCAUUAAUCAAUUUCAACACCUGCUUUCACUCAAAAUAUCAGCCGUUGAUCCGAAUGAGCAGCUUCAAUUACAAACAGUGUCAAGACCUCCGCAGUAUCUUGAGAAACUAGUAUUUGCAGGCAUUGUGAAGGAGUUGCCCGAUUGGGUCGGCUCUCUCAACUGUCUACGGGUGAUAAAAUUUCGUGACACUCAAUUCACAAGUGACCCACUCGCUGCACUCGGAGAGUUACCCAAUCUGGCGCAUCUCUAUCUAAACAAUGCUUACGUGGGGAAGCAGAUUGGCUGUAAGCUUGGAAGAUUUCCUAUGCUCAGAUUUUUUGCAUUAAUGGAUAUGGAAGCAUUGGAAAAGUGGAGCAGAAUAGAGGAAGGCAGCAUGCAAUGUCUAAGAUAUAUCAGCAUUUUUAAUUGUCCAAAUUUAAAGAUGCUCCCGGAUGGGGUCGAGCACCUUGCCGCUCUUCAAGUAAUGGGCUUUGAGGAGAUGGCCAACGAAUUCUUGGACAGGCUAAGGAAGGGAGGAGAGGACCACUUCAAGAUCCAGCACAUUCCCCGUAUUUACAAUUGCCAACGUGUUGAUAGGCGACGUGUCUUCGAUACUUUGUGGGAUCGAACUGGUGCCAUCAAUUCAAAUGAUCCAAAGCUUUAAAUGACAACUUGAUUGAAGUCUUGGGACUAAGGUGUUCCGUAUCCAUGACACUGCAACUGUAAAGGCCGAUACAUAUAAGUAAUGGCCAUGACCGUUACACAAUAUGGGGGCGGAAAGGUGCAGUUGGUUUUCUGGGACAGUAUCUGCCAUUACGAGGGUUGUAUGGGCUAUUACAGGGUAUAACGACCGCUACCUCCUUAACGGUAAAAACAAA